AUGGAUGAUUUCAGAUCCAAGUCCUAUGGCGACGCGAGGAUGCAGAUGGAGGGCAGAGCACCCACUUCGUACCCAAUUGAUUUGCAGAGCUACGGCGCAAAUCCCUAUCCGCCGUCGCAGGUGGUGGCGGUGGGCGCCGUCAGAGACUUCAAAUUGAAGAAGGGGAAGAGCGCAUCCGCGUCUUCCUCAAAAGGGUGGGGCUUGGGCGACCCUGAGUUCCAGAGGAAGAAGAGGGUCGCUAGCUACAAGGUGUAUGCUGUGGAGGGCAGAGUGAAGGGGUCUCUGAGGAGGAGCUUCAGGUGGCUUAAGGACAAGUACUCUCAGAUGCUUUAA